GCCUUCUUCCUUCCCCUGUUCCUUCUCUUCUCUCUGGUUCCUAUCUCUUCCAUAGCUCUCGCUCCCAAUUUGAUUGCUUUUCUUUCUCAGUUUCAACCUCGGAGAACCAUAUGAAGAAGAAAUCCAAAUAGAAGUACGAAUCUCCUGCGAAAAAAGUCUGUAAUCUGCGCGAUCUGCUCAACGAUUGAACCGCAAAGAAUGGGAAGAAAUGGACCUUGAAUCCUCUUGAACUCGGACAUGAUAAGGGUGGUGGAUUGUGGCGAUUGUUACUGGCUGUCGCCGUUCUCAAAACUGCGAUUUGUUCGGGAGUUCUUCCUCCAUUGAGCAGCGGAAGUUUGAUUUUGGAUGGUGUUCUCCAUUGAGCCUCCGAAAAGCAAUCCGACCAUGUCUUCUAUUAGGAUUUUGUUCUUCUCAAAUCGACAUCGCGCGGUUGCAAAUCGCUGGUUUUGGUGGUUUUCACGAAUAAAUCGCUUUGGAAACCUGAUUUCUUUUUGCAGACAUUUCAGAUCAAAAAAAUUUCCAGUUGUUUCUGUUCUUUCGACUAUUUCCAGUGAGGAAAUGGCGAUCGCUUCGUAUGCGGCUUCAUGAUUUCAGAGCCCAGACGUUAUCGUCCUCGACAAUGGUAGAAAACCCAUCUUGAAAGCCUCCAUGGAAGAGUACGACGCCGAGGGCGUCCACGGAUUCCCAAACUGCUCCCCUUUGGAACCCAAAUUGUUGAGGGUGAAACACAGCUCCGGAUCGGGCUACCAGUCCCCCAACCGCGAUCGCCCCUUCUUCCACAUCUCCUCCUCUGAAGCACCCCACUCCAACGCCUUCAACGGAGCGAGCCCUGACGACGUCCUCUUCCAGUGGGGGCACAGGAAGCGGUCGCGAUGGCUGAGAGCCGAAGGCCGAGCGUCGGUCGCAUCGGCGGAACGCGGCGACGAUUCGCCGAUCCACUCGAGACAGGUUCUCAAGCUCCAUCGGCGGUCCUCAGCGGCCACAGCCGGAGCCGCGGUCUUGCCUCCGCCCUGCGGGCCGUGUGCCACCAGCACGCGGCGGUCGUGCGUGCCCGGCCGUGGUUCCACGGCGUCUCUCGUCACUAGGAGCGUCCAAGAGCGAUCGGAGGGCCGAGCGCGUCCUGAGGAGCGCCGCUCGCCGGAGAAGCCCCCGAAAACCUCGCCCGCUUCUGCCUGCAGCGAGGCCGCCGAUGCGUCGAUGAAUCCAGACCCCGUGCCCCCGUCCGAUCCGAAGCCGACGGAGAGAAUCAAUCUGGAUCAUUUCGAGUGGCCCAGGAUCCAUCUCUCCCUUUCGAGAAAGGAGAAAGAGGAUGAUUUCAUGGCGAUGAAGGGCACCAAGCUCCCCCAGCGGCCCAAGAAGAGGGCCAAGAACAUUGACAGGACGCUGCAGUUCUGUUAUCCAGGGAUGUGGCUGUCGGAUUUGACGGCGGCAAGGUAUGAAGUGAGAGAGAAGAAAUGCAAGAUGAAGCAGAAGAAGAAGCGAAGGGGCUUGAAGGGAAUGCAGAGUAUGGUGGAUUCAGAUUCCGAGUGAAGAUGAACGACGAGUGGCGAUUCCUUUUAUUUUUCUAAGUUCACGAACAAUUCCUUGCAAAUAUAGUUUUUUUUAAAUUUUUUUACCUUUGUUUUUUUGAGAUUGCCAUUGAUACAAAAUAUUCUCUCUUUUUUUUCAUUCCAACUCAUGAAUAAUUUUGUUAAA